AUGAAGAAAGAUGAUUUCCACCAAUUAGAACGAGAGAAGAGUGAAUCUUCCAAGAAGACUACUCCCAAAAGGAUUAUCCAUUUUGUUGAUGGAGACACCUUGGAAGAAUAUAGCACAGAGGAGGAGGAGGAAGAAAAAGAUGGACAGAGAAUGAAUUCAACACUUGACCUUUCUAAACUCUCAUGGGGGCCCUACCUGUGGUUUUGGGCAGGACGAAUAGCAAGCAGCUCGUUUUCUACUUGUGAAUUCCUUGGUGGAAGAUUUGCUGUCUUCUUUGGUCUUACUCAACCCAAAUAUCAAUAUGUGUUAAAUGAGUACCACAGAAUACAAUAUAAGGAAAGUAACAAAGAAAGGGAAGAGAAUGGAUCAAAGGACCAGGCAGCUAAGUCUUCUAAUGAAAAGUGUCGCCUGAAGACUGGAGUCCCUGAAUAUGGGACCAGACAACAGGACCUGGCAAAGGCCAUUCCUCAGCAGGGCACCUCAUCUAGGGAGGGCUUGGUGGCAGAUACCAGCUCAUGA